AAGCCGAAUUUGGAUGAGAGAGGUCCAUCCAUCAUAAAACAUGGGAGAGAGUGGCAUUAGGGUUUAGUGUUACAACUGACUGGGGAAGGAGCAAAGCGAUAAUUUACCAGUGCGACCUCGCUGCCGCUUCUGCCCCCUUGGCUUCUACACUGCAACCAUGAUCAUUCCGGAGAAGAACCGCAAGGAGAUCUGCAAAUACCUAUUCCAAGAGGGAGUAUGCUACGCGAAGAAGGACUUCAAUCUUGCGAAGCACCCUGAGAUUGAUGUCCCGAAUCUGCAGGUGAUUAAGCUGAUGCAGAGCUUCAAGUCGAAGGAGUACGUCAGAGAGACAUUUGCCUGGAUGCACUAUUACUGGUUCCUCACCAACGAUGGCAUCGAGCAUCUCAGGACAUACCUCAACCUUCCUUCUGAGAUCGUCCCCGCCACUCUCAAGAAGCAAGCCAAGCCACCUGGCAGGCCUUUUGGCGGCCCACCGGGUGACCGCCCCAGGGGUCCACCUCGCUUUGAGGGAGAGCGCAGAUUCGGUGACCGUGAUGGAUACCGCGGAGGUCCACGAGGACCUGGCGGUGAUUUUGGAGGAGACAAGGGUGGUGCUCCUGCUGACUACAGACCUUCUUUUGGGGGUGCUGGUGGAAGGCCUGGCUUUGGUCGGGGUGCUGGUGGUUUUGGAGGCGGUGCUCCAACAAGCUCAAACGCUCCUUAAAUUCGUCAAUAUUUGCCCUCUUUUGCUGUUACAUAGCUGUCUGUUGAGUCGAUUGUAGUUUCCCUGGCCAAAAAUUGGAUGUUUGAUUUGUUAUUUUGCAUUCAUUUGGUUAUUUAUGCACUUAAGAUUUUGGAUUGUGUUUUUGAUAAUUAGAAUGAGUAACUUAAUUUCAUGCACCAUUAUGGGAC